UCCUAGAGGACCUCAUCUGGGGUGUGUUCAGGGAUCCAAAGACACUCCACAUGACAGCCCCAGAGCCUAGGGUCCUUCAGAGCCGGGAGCAAGCCAUCAUAGUAAUUGACUGAACAGAAGCCAGAGCCGCAUCUGUCUGUGCUGGACACAAAGUAAAGAAUGAACGCUUCCAAGGGACCCUCAUCAGCUACCUGCCCCUCAUCUCCAUCCAGCUGCUUCCCCGCAUGCCCCGAGGGCCCCACCUUCUUCUGUGACCACAGUGAAUAUUCUACUCACUUAGACAAAUUAGACUAAGUGACAGUGGUGUGGUUUAUGACGUGAAAGCUGGCAAGUCCUCUACAGCUUGUGUGGGUCGAGAUUGGAGUUAGACAGAAGUACUGCCUCGGCUGGUGAUGGCACAAGACCUUCAAGAUUCCACCUGACCUUGAGAGGUGACUCUGCUGUGACGAGCAGAGCAGUUGUGGAAGCAAAGUGCGAGCCCUCCGUCCCUGGAGCAUGUUGUUGUAGAGAGAUGGAGCCUCGCAGAAGUCAGCUCCUGGUAGUCCAAGGCAAACCAGGACCCUAUGAAGCCAUGGCCCCCUCCCAUCCUGCUCUCCAGUUCCAGAUACAUCUUUAUCUCUGGUGUCUGCUUUUGAUGCCAGCAGUGUUGGCCCAGCAAAGCUCACAUACCCAUGCUGAAGACCGCUUGUUCAAACACCUGUUCGGAGGCUACAAUCGCUGGGCACGGCCAGUGCCCAACACUUCUGAUGUGGUCAUUGUGCGCUUUGGACUCUCCAUUGCCCAGCUCAUAGAUGUGGAUGAGAAGAAUCAAAUGAUGACCACCAAUGUCUGGCUAAAGCAGGAAUGGAAUGACUACAAGCUGCGCUGGGACCCGGCUGAGUUUGGCAACAUCACCUCCCUCCGCGUCCCUUCAGAGAUGAUCUGGAUCCCAGAUAUUGUUCUCUACAACAAUGCAGAUGGGGAGUUUGCCGUUACCCACAUGACCAAGGCCCACCUCUUCUUCACGGGCACUGUGCACUGGGUGCCCCCAGCCAUCUACAAGAGCUCCUGCAGCAUCGAUGUGACCUUCUUCCCCUUCGACCAGCAGAACUGCAAGAUGAAGUUUGGAUCCUGGACAUACGACAAGGCCAAGAUCGACCUGGAGCAGAUGGAGCAGACGGUGGACCUGAAGGACUACUGGGAGAGUGGCGAGUGGGCCAUCAUCAACGCCACCGGAACCUAUAACAGCAAGAAGUACGACUGCUGCGCGGAGAUCUACCCCGACGUCACCUACUUCUUCGUCAUCCGCCGGCUGCCGCUGUUCUACACCAUCAACCUCAUCAUCCCGUGCCUGCUCAUCUCCUGCCUCACCGUGCUCGUGUUCUACCUGCCCUCCGAGUGUGGAGAGAAGAUCACGCUGUGCAUCUCGGUGCUGCUCUCUCUCACCGUCUUCCUGCUGCUCAUCACGGAGAUCAUCCCGUCCACCUCGCUUGUCAUCCCGCUCAUCGGCGAGUACCUGCUCUUCACCAUGAUCUUCGUCACCCUUUCUAUCGUUAUCACGGUCUUCGUGCUCAAUGUACACCACCGCUCCCCCAGCACCCACAACAUGCCCAACUGGGUGAGGGUGGCCCUGUUAGGCCGGGUGCCCCAGUGGCUGAUGAUGAACCGGCCCCCGCCACCCCUGGAGGUCCAAGGCUCCCCAGGUCUGAAGCUCAGCCCCACUUAUCAUUGGCUGGAGACCAACAUGGAUGCUGAAGAAAGGGAGGAGACAGAGGAGGAGGAGGAAGAAGAAGAUGAAAACAUAUGUAUGUGUGCAGGCCUCCCGGACCCUUCCAUGGGGGUUCUCUAUGGUCAUGGCAGCCUGCAUCUGAGGGCCAUGGGGCCUGAGGCCAAGGCUCCAUCCCACGCUAGUGAGGUCCUGCUGUCACCUCAGAUACAGAAAGCACUAGAAGGUGUGCACUACAUUGCUGACCACCUGAGGGCUGAGGAUGCUGACUCUUCGGUGAAGGAAGAUUGGAAGUAUGUGGCCAUGGUGGUAGACCGGAUAUUCCUCUGGCUGUUCAUUAUCGUCUGCUUCCUGGGGACCAUCGGGCUCUUCCUUCCUCCAUUCCUGGCUGGAAUGAUCUGACUUCAUUUCCCUCAUGUUGGCUCCAAGGUGGCCUCAACAACUAUCUUCUAGUCUUCUGUAACUGGAGCCCUCUCUAGAAUAUUCUUUUGACUUAACACCACCUGCCUGCGAUGUUUCUACGAGGCCCCCAACCUAGCCUGGACUCCAUAGCCCCCUUGCAACAGCUCAUGGUGCCACUGUGGUAACCAGCACUGAGACCACUCAACAAGACAUCUAUUUAGGGCUGAGGAUCUAGAAGAGGUAAAGGCAUUUGCUCUGCAGAAGGUGACAACAUGGUGGUGACAUGGGGGUGAAUAAGAUAUUCCUGUAAGAGCAAUAGAACUGUAUAUGGCUAAAGGGUGGAGAGGUCAGACCAGGGCAAAGGGAACUAGAACACCAUCCCAAAGAUGGGCACAUGGGGACAAUGCAGGGGGUAGUGUCCCGUGUGGAAGAGUUCUACACAACACUGUGGAUUCAGAGUGUCAGAGAGGAUAGCCGACUAGGGUAGAGAGGCUGGGAGGCAGGUUGGUGUGUUUUUAAUCCAGGCCUAGGAAGAAGCUCCGAGUCUGCUCUGAACCUGUCUCUAUGUGCUCUGCAGGAAAUGUCAGCGGGAUAGGGAUACUCCCAGAAGGAGUGGGACACACAGAAAGUCCUAGAGCAGUGCUUCUCAACCUGUGUCGUGGGUCGCAACCCUUCUGGGAGGUCGAACGACCCUUUCACAGGGGUCACGUAUCAGAUAUACUGCAUAUCAGAUGUUUAUAUUACAGUUCAUAACAGUAUCAAGAGUACUGUUAUGAGGUUGAAACAAAAUAAUCUUAUGGUUGAGAUCACCACAACAUGAGGGACUUUAAAGGGUGAUAGCAUUAGAGAGGUUGAGAGCCACUGAUCUAGGUGCCCGGUGCAUGCUUGAGGCAGAAGAACAGCAACACUGGGUCCAAGUGGCUGGGUCAUUAUUCAUCCAAAAGCACCUUAGAGCCCCCAAGUUUCCCUCAGCACCAUGUCUCACUGUUCUAUGAUGUAAGAAAAGAGGCACAGUAAUUGUCACAGGGGGUCAAAGUCACCUUCAAAUCACCAAGUGGAUGAAAUAAGAAGGCAGUCUCCAAUGCUGGCCCUCCUCUCCACAGGCCCUGCUCCCCAAUCCCUGCUCUGUCAGCACGCCUUGCAUUGGAACCGAGAUCUUUGCUCCAAGCUCUUUCAAUUGUGUGCUCCUGCAGGGCGGAGUCUCUGUUUAUUAUUCCCACUCAGCCCAGUGCUGGGUGAGAGAGCUCAGCGCCUGGACCUUUCAUCCUGAGUAGUGGAAAGAAACCAGUCUGGUUGCUUUGGGUUCCAGAACUGCUACACAGCACCAAAGCUUUCUGGAGAGGUUUCUUCCCCAGGCUUCCCAGGGGCCCCAUCAGGUGGCUAACCUGCUCUGAGCUGUUCUUAUAAUAUUCCACCGCCCUUUACUGCAUAAGAGCCCAGGGGAUUGGGCCUGUUAGAACGUUCUCCAGUGCCCAGGGAAUUAGACCCCAGAAGCUAGCAGCAAUGGAUUCAGGGUCACUAAUAGAUGUAGAGACCAAAGUAGGAGGCAAAAUGGGGCAAAUUUGUUCUCUGUCUUAGGGUGCUCUCCUUCUGAACUCCACACCGCACGUUGACAGACCUAGAGGACCUGCUUGCCAGAGGCCUUACCCAGACUCCCCAUUAUCAGUUCUAAUGAUACCCCACUCAGUAUCAGGCCCUGGCUCCCCACUUCUCCACUGAAUGCAGCCUGCCCCUCCCUUCUCUAUGUCAAGCCCCAAGACAUGAUUUCCUGAUGGAGAGAUGCUUGUUGGAUCAUCCACCCCUCCCAUCCUCCUUGCAUGUGAGCGAAACGUCAAAAUAAAGCUGAAAUGGCUGC